AUAAACACUUUCGACUCUUCGGUGGUAGAUGUUUUUAGGUUGAGAAUCAGAUGAUGUGAUGACAUGGUUUGCAAAUUGCGGCAAAAACCAAAAAGCCCAAAUCUAAUUCCUUUUUAACAAAAGGACCAUCCAAAAGGCCCAAUUCUUUUGAAAAAAAUACAAGGGAAAAUAAAUAGAUCCAUGGGAAAGUUAGCGCUGUCAGUCAUCCUCUCCUCUCCUCUCCUCUCCUUCCGACGAAGACUCGAGAGGUUGAAGUUGAAGAUGAGCGUCUGUCAGUCACAUCUCAUCUAUGGCGAUAUGAUCUAUAGCAAUAAUAUACCCUACAUUUUUAUUUAAUUACUUAAUUGUUAUGCUCUUCUCGUAUACACUCAAAUUCUGAUGGCCUCAUCUUCACCACUUAUGAUAGUUUCCUGCAGCCCCACACCCGCUGCCGCCACCACCCGUAGUAAUAAUAAUAACAAGAACAAUAACUUUCUCUGCUCCCACGCGCUCGAUGCCGUACACAUCCGACGCGCCGCCGAGCUGGCCGACAAAUCUGCCGGUUUCACAUCUCCCCACCCCAACUUCGGCUGCGUCAUCGCCACCCAAUCCGGAAAAGUCGCCGGCGAGGGUUUCCUCUACGCCCAGGGUACCAGGCCCGCCGAGGUUCUUGCCGCUGAGGCAGCUGGCAACUUCUCCCGUCGCGGCACCGCUUACCUCAACAUGGAGCCCGGUGAUUGCCACGGAGAUCACGCUGCCGUCUCUGCCCUCGUUCAGGCAGGGAUUGAAAGGGUGGUGAUUGGAUUGAGGCAUCCAUUGCAGCACCUGAGAGGGAAUUCCAUAAGGGCUUUGAGAAGUGAAGGGUUGCAGGUUCAUGUUCUUGGUGAGGACCUCAACGGUAAACUCAUUGAGGAAGCUCGGAAAUCAUGCCUCCUUGUCAAUGCUCCUUUAAUUUGUAGAGCUGCUUCUCGAGUCCCCUUCUCUGUUCUCAAGUAUGCUAUGACCCUUGAUGGAAAAAUUGCUGCUAGCAGCGGACAUGCCUCAUGGAUCAGUAGCAGGACAUCUCGAAAUCGAGUUUUCGAAUUGCGGGGUAGAAGUGAUGCGGUCAUUGUAGGAGGAAAUACCGUUCGCAGGGACAAUCCAAGACUAACUGCAAGACAUGGAGGUGGGCAUAUGCCCAUGCGGAUUGUAAUGUCACAGACUCUUGAUCUCCCUGAGGAAGCAAACCUUUGGGAUUUCUCUGAUGUAUCGACUAUAGUUGUGACACAAAGGGGUGCAAGAAAGCGUUUCCAGAAAUUUCUUGCAUCUAAAGGAAUUGAGGUGGUGGAGUUUGACAUCCUAAACCCCAGAGAAGUAAUGGAAUACUUUCAUGAUCGUGGAUAUCUUUCAGUUUUGUGGGAGUGUGGAGGGACAUUAGCUGCAGCUGCUAUUUCAUCUGGAGUAAUACAUAAGGUGUUCGCAUUUGUUGCUCCUAAGAUUAUUGGUGGAAAGAAUGCGCCAACCCCUGUAGGUGAACUUGGGAUGGUUGAAAUGUCACAAGCCUUGGAUUUAAUUGAUGUUUGCUAUGAGCAGGUUGGACCUGACAUGCUUAUAAGUGGAUUUCUUCAACCCAUACCAGAUGCGACGCCUGUUAUUCCAUCGGUUGAUGAAACUUAUGAAAUUGAUCCAACUGUCACUCCAUAUGAAUCAAGGAUUAUAUUCUUCUACAAAACAUGGGACCCUUACGGUGCAUUCUCAAAUUUUUCUCCGCACGCAAUUAAGAUGCCUGAUGCCAGUGGUGAUUAUGCCACUUGGUUGAGUGUAGAGCAUUACUACCAGGCUCAGAAGUUUGUUGGGGUGGAUGAUCCUGUGGCACAAGAUGGUGUUGAAAAUAUUAAGUCUGCGAAAAGUCCGGAAGAGGCAGCACGAAUAGGAAGAUCAAUGCAGAGGCAGCAGCCUGAUUUGGUAAGAUCGGAUUGGGAAAGUGUGAAGAUUGAAGUGAUGUACAGGGCACUAAAAUGCAAGUUCUCGAUAUACCCACAUCUGAAUUCUAUGUUGCUGUCAACUGCUGGAUCUGUUCUUGUUGAAGCUUCACCGCAUGAUCUCUUCUGGGGUGGAGGCCGGGAUGGAGAAGGCCUAAAUUAUCUGGGCAGGCUUUUGAUGCAGUUGAGAUCAGAGUUUCUUGGUGAGUCUCAUACGUCCAGUUAGAGAAGCAACAAACCCCUUGUAUCAUUCUCAUGGCUUCCAUUCCCGCGGCCUAGUAACUGCAUAACGAACGAGGGAGAGAACCGGUCAACUUUUAAAGAAUUUUUUAAUUUAAAUUUGUAAUAUACAAGCAGAGAAUGUGUUUCGAACACAAUAAUUGAGAAGCAAAUGCUGUCGCCCACUAGAAAAAGAUUUGUUUGAAUAGUUGAUGAUUUGUAAUAAAUUAAUAUAUACUGCAGUGAACAACGUUUGGGAAA